AUGUUCUUUUCCUUUUCUUCUUACUAUUUCGUAACCCGAGACACGCGUGUUGUUUUGUAUUUGUUUGUUUGUUUGUUAGUUUCUUUCUUUCUUUCUUUCUUUCUUUCUUUUGCUUGCUUCGCAUUCAUAUUUCUACUCACUCUUUAUUUUUUUAUGUUUACACACUUUCCUUCUUUGUUUUCUUUCUAUAUUCCUUUCUGUUUCUCUCUUCUGUUUUCGCAUUCAUAUUUCUACAAAAUCUUUCUUUUCUCUCUCUCUCUCUCUCUCUCUCUCUCUCCUUUUCUAGCCACCGUUUCUUUCUAUUGGCAAUUUUUAUUAACAAAUAACUCGCCUACAAAAACGUCUGAUAAUUAUGCACCAACCCAAUAUUUUUUUCUUUCUUACUUUCUUUCUUUCUUUCUUUCUUUCUUUCUUUCUUUCUUUCUUUCUUUCUUUCUUUCUUCUCACUCACAUUUCUACCCGCGUAUACUUUCUUUUCUCACUUUUCCAAAUUCUCUAACUGCUUGUUUCUUUCUUUCUUUAUUCCCACAUAUAUUUCUACCCAUUUUUUCUUUUCGCACAUUUUUUUAA